CUUAAGAUGGAGAUUCGACAUAAAAAGUAUCUACCUCCAUAUACUUCCUUCUUACCAAUUAAGGAUGGGAAAUGUUUUCCGGCAACUGAAAAGAAAACUAGAGCCAAAAGAAAAAACAUUCUAGAUUACCUACUAUUCUCGCAGCUGACUUAUAUAGUGCUGUUUGUAAUCCUCAUAUGCAUCACUGAGAGAGAAAAAUUGAAGGAAGAUCCUCUCAACUUCAACUUAUUGAGCAUUGUAGUUGAAGUGAUAAGUGGCUAUGGGAAUGUUGGCUUCUCAAUGGGCUAUAGUUGUGGAAGACAACUUAAACCUAGCAACAAUUGUAAAGAUGCAUCCUAUGGAUUUGCUGGAAAAUGGAGCACCCAAGGAAAGUUCAUUCUCAUCAUUGUCAUGUUCUUCGGAAGGCUCAAGAAAUUUAACACAAAAGGUGGUAAAGCUUGGAGACUUUCAUAGCUUCAAUAAUUUGUAGAUCUUUUAGCUAGCUAGGUGCUCAAUUUAAAAUAGUGUAAAUUGAAGUUAUUCUAUUCUGCUCUUUUUGUGAAACAAUUUCCAUUUUGUAUGCACCAUCUAGACAAGCAAUAUAGUAAAAGAUGUAUCAACAUUAUCUAGGAAAA